UUGAUAUGUCUUCCGGUGACUGUAAAGUGACGUCAUCGUUGUAUUUUCCUGAGGAUAGGAAAUCUUGAAUGAAACUCAAUACAACCAGUAUUGAAUGAGGAUACAACUUUUGAUAAACCCAGGUUCGUCUUUACAAUGAAUCAGUGAAAUUAUUGAAGACUUUGUUAGCUCAAUAUUUAUAGACUUUUAUCCUCGAUAUCACCAUCAUGAAUAGCCUAUCAUUCAGCGAGUUGUGUGGUUUGUUUUGUUGCCCUCCAUGUCCAUCAAAAAUUGCAGCCAAAUUAGCUUUCCUCCCACCUGAGCCUACAUACUCCCUGAUAGCUGAUGAAGCUGGGACUAAGUACAGCCUGCAUUUGACCGAAAGAGCCGAAUGGCAAUACACACAGCGAGAACUAGACUGUAUAGAAGUGUUCAUGACCAGAACCUCAAAAGGAAACAGGAUAGCUUGCAUGAUGGUCAGAUGUUCCCCCAAUGCUAAAUACACAAUGCUUUUUAGUCAUGGGAAUGCUGUUGAUCUUGGCCAAAUGAGCAGUUUUUAUAUUGGUCUUGGUUCUCGAAUUAACUGUAAUAUUUUUAGCUUUGACUAUUCAGGAUAUGGAAAUAGCUCAGGAAAACCCUCAGAGAAGAAUUUAUAUGCAGACAUUGAUGCUGCAUGGCAAUCCUUGCGCAGCAGAUAUGGCAUAAGUCCUCAAAACGUUAUUUUGUACGGUCAAAGUAUUGGCACAGUACCUACUAUUGACCUGGCUGCAAGAUACGAAGUUGGAGCAGCCAUUCUUCACUCACCUCUGAUGUCAGGAAUGAGAGUGGCAUUUCCAGAAACAAAGAGAACUUGGUUUUUUGAUGCUUUUCCAAGCAUAGACAAAGUGCCCAAAAUCACCUGUCCUGUACUAGUGAUACACGGAACAGAAGAUGAGGUGAUAGACUUUUCCCACGGUCUGGCCAUUUAUGAGAAAUGUCCGCGGGCAGUGGAACCACUAUGGGUGGAAGGGGCGGGCCAUAAUGACGUGGAACUUUACGGACAGUAUUUGGAACGACUCAAACAGUUUAUAAACAUUGAACUUUCUGUCAAUUGACAACUACUGCAACUUAGGGGGGAGGAUAUUAAUGUCGCCGGCGCAGACAACUGUGUUCAGGACCUUUGCGACUCGUUGUCUGCCGUGGUGACGGACACUUACACUUCUGAUGACGGCAAUGCAUUUAAAGUCAGGAAAGGCACUGGAAGAAGAAUGAAGAAACAUAGAGUAAAAAUAAGGGGGGAUAGGGAUAAGAAAACAAAGGAGGAUUUAAGUUCACCUAGCAUAGUCGAUAGUCCAGAGCAGCCUGAUGACCAUAUGGAGGUCAAUAUUCAAGAAAGGAAAAAAGAAAUUGUAAUUCAUUAUGUGAAGGAAACUGCAAUUGAUGAUCUUGCUCAGGCAAAAGAAGUUGUGGACUCGUCUGAACAAGACAAGAAUUCAACUUCUGAAGUCCAAGAAAACUAUGAAGAUGCCAAAGUCAUGAAAGAGUCUGAUUUUCAGCUCAAAGAAUGUCAGAAAAACAAUGGACAACCAAAGAGUGAGUUAGAAUGUCCAUCAGAGUGUGAAGGAAAUCAUGAGUUAGAAUGCCCAUCAGAAAGUUUAGGAAAUCAAGAUCUUACUGAGACUGAGAACUCAACUCCUGCUGAAAACCGUGUGUUCUGUGAUGUUCAUAUACAGAAUGUCACUGUAGAAGUGGCCAUUGAUGUGGACAAGAAGUCUGACGAUGAAAGCGAUAUCAUAGAAUCCACAGAUCUGUAAUGUGAAAUUUGGCAGCAGCUGCAUGUAGCUUAAACCUUCAGCAAUAGAAUAAUUUAAUGGGAUGUAAUGAUGCAACAUGUUUAUCAUGUAGGUGUGUAUAAAAUCUUGUAAGAAUUGAAAAAGAAAUACCAAGAUGUGUGUUUUUUACAAUGUUACUAAUGAUUGUAAAUUUCAUAAGAAAAAUUUAUGGAAAUAUCUUUAUAUGUGGGCAUGCUAAUGUAAUUUAUUUAAAUUUUUGUAUAGUGCACAUAACAUACUAACUCGACACACUUUGUUUUGUUUACUAAGAAGAGUUAUCCUUCUUUAGCUAAAAGUCUGGCUGCCUUUUGUUUACAGAAACAUGUCUUCUAAAUGAUUCAUUUUUGGAGCUCAGACUGAUGCAUUUAUGAUCAAUAGCAGUUGUUCACACUCUUUACUUCCUUUUAAAUUUUGAUAACAAAAGCAAAUGAUAAAGCAAAGCAAAAAUCUUUUAAGAUUUUGGAUACAUUUUGUUAUGUGUAUUAGACUAUAUAUCUAAAUAUAUGAUUGUCUGUUUGUAUUUUGUAUAGCAUACCUGUCAUUGCACGUAUAUUUUUCAGGUGCACUGGUUGAUCUAAAUGACCGACUAGCAUUGUUGAUUUAGGGGUGAAAGAGGUGGUGUAUGAUUGGAGAGUGAAACUCAAUUAGCUUGGGAGGACUUAGAUUUCUGUAAUUAGUCACUGAAAGCUUAAUAAGUAUGUACAUGUAAACAAGUGCUUCACUUGCUUUGUUUUUGACUGUUUACUGUAUGUUUGUGGUACUCAUCAUAACUAUGAGUCCAUUUGGAUUUCUGUGUAUACAAACAUUUUGUGUUGCUCUAUUAUAUAUAUGCAUGUUGAGAUUUAUAAUUUACACAUUGUAUUAUAAUUACUGCAUAAACCUUACCUGAUAGUCUCUGUUUUGAUGCAUAUUUACAAGUCUUUCUCUUACUGUUUUAUUCUGGUAAAUAAUGUAAGACAUAAACAUAUGAUGAUGUACUGUAGUGUAGUGUAACUUGUGCGUUUUCAAAAAAAAAAAGAAGGCGAAACUAAGAAAGAAAAAGAAAAUAGCUUAAUAUUUUUUUUUUCAAUUAUACACGUUUAUUUUAUUUUAGAAGAAUUAGUAAUCGGCAUAAAUGGUGAUAAACAUUGUAUUCAUGGGGUGGCUUUUUGUAGAGAAAUAUCAUAUCCGCAUCAAAUACAGUUUGAUCUCGGACGUCCAAACUAAGUCGUAUAUUGAAUGCAUAAAAUGGUUUUAAUGAAUAGGUACACUUGUUGGUCAUAGUUGAGGGCUCAAGUCAUGUUUAUCUCAACAAUAUUUAGAAGAUUUGAGUUGUCAGACAUGGACAGGUGUCAUGGUUACCACUGUGUUUUGAUUUAUGAUUGGUUACUGCCUAACAAAUCAAAAAUAUCUGCUUUUUAUCACGAACUUUGAUAGCUGCAUGUACAUGAACUUUUUUAUUUCCUGUGUUAAACGUUCUGUACUAACAAAUUCAGUUGACUUGGUAUUAACUUUUCUUUCUGUUUAGAUUGGCUUGAUUUCUUACCACUUUGUACCACAACAUGAAGUCAUGAAAUAUUUUUUUUUUUGGGAUAAAUAUAAUUUGAAUAGAACAUUUGAUACACUUAAAGCUCAAAACUCUUGAUCAGCAGUAUGCCAAUGUAAAGAGACUAUAGACAGAGGACUUUAAUGUUUGUAUUGUUUUCUUCAGAGAAUUAUUAUUAUUUGAUGAUUCAAAUUGUAUCAAAAUUGACCAUUCAUAGACUGCACACCGUUUAAAAUUUAUAAUUAUGUAGGAUCAAACCAUUUUGUACCACUACAUAUACCGGUCCUAGACUAAGUGUUUAAUGCUUCAAGAACAUAUUGAAAAAAAAACCCCAAAACUCACUUCUGCAAAGGAAAACCUCAGAAGAUGACUGUUGAUUAAUUUUGUAUUUUGUCACUUAAAAAGAACAUCAUUCAAGGCUUUUUGAUUAAUUAUGAGGAAAUUAACUGGAGUCCUAGACAAUUUGUAUACGUAAACAAAUAAAUGGGUAAUUUUCAGACUUGCUUUUUUAUUUUAAUAGAUGUGAUUUUCUUUUACCAAAAAUAUUUUUGAAUGUGUGUAAUAUUUCCCAAUUCAAUCAUUUCUGUUCUUUAUACAUGCUCAGCCAUACACCCAUAUUUUAAUUGAUAUGAAUCAAAGUUGUCAUCCUUUGAUCAACUGAAACUUUAUGAAGACAAUCCUUUUGACUGUGAUGGUUUUCCACCGUUUCAGACAAAAGCAUAGCUGGUUCUUUGACAUAGUCUCUCCCUCCUCUCUCUUUCUCUCUCUCGUACAUUGUCAGUAUUUUAAUAUUUAAGUUUUUGUAUGUAUAAACAGUAACAGAAUGACAUGUUCCUUGGCGGGUAAAGAGCUUCAUGUGUUUUAUUUAAGAAGUCUGUAACACUUUUGUUUCCCUUUGUAUAUUGGUAGAUAUUGGUAGCAAUGAAAUAGAACACACAACCUCAUGCUAUGUGACUGGAGAAAUUCAAUGUCUUACAUUUUUUUUAUAAUAAAAAUCAUGGAACAUCAUCUUAAAAA